UACCGAGCGGUUGGGCGUUCAUCUGCUAGAACUUCGUUCCAUUACCAGUGACUGUGUGUGUGCGUGCGUUGCGUCCGUAUAUGAAUACAUAUGUGUGUGUAUGGUGUGGCAACAACAAUUUGUUAACGCACACACUUACGCGCAGUUAACGAACGCAACUUGGCCCUUAAAAAAGUCCAUCCAAACCGAGAGCAAUAAAAAAAUAAAAAUCACAAAGUGCCAUCGCAAAACAAACAUAAACUCCGAAACGUGCUAAAAAUCGUAAAAAAAAAAAGAAUUUGCGGCGAAAGUUGAGGAGUGUGUUGUUCAUCACCCAAAGUGUUUCGAGUGUAUCCCCGAGUCUUUUAAUGUGCCACCCGCAAGAUGACAUCGCAUUCCUACUAUAAAGACCGCCUGGGCUUCGAUCCCAAUGAGCAGCAGCCGGGCAGCAACAACUCCAUGAAGCGGAGCAGCUCCCGCCAGACGACGCACCAUCAUCAGAGCUACCAUCAUGCCACCACCAGUAGCAGUCAGUCGCCGGCAAGAAUCUCCGUUUCGCCGGGUGGCAACAAUGGAACGCUGGAGUACCAGCGGGAUCGGGAGCUGUAUAGCAACAACGGCAGUCUUCACCACCACCAGCAGCAGCAGCACCACCACCAACAUCAUCAUCAUCAUCGCCACUCGACGACGGGCAGUGCAUCAUCGCCGCUGUACGAGAACAGCAGCAGUCCGGCUGCUCCCAAAAAGGCCAAGCACUCGUCCACCCAGGCGCAGCCGCAGGGUGGCUACGAGGAUGCACUCACCCAGUUUAAAGACGAACGCGAUGCCAUUCAGAAGAAGACUUUCACAAAAUGGGUUAACAAACAUCUGAAAAAGCAUUGGAAGUAUGCUAAGACCUAUACUAUGCUACAUGUUUGUGUAACCACAAAUGGCAUACCCUGUUGUUCUCAGUCUGCCAAUCGUCGUGUGGUGGACUUGUUCGAAGAUCUGCGCGAUGGUCACAAUUUACUUUCACUCCUGGAGGUGCUAUCUGGCGAACACCUGCCACGCGAGAAGGGUAAAAUGCGUUUCCAUAUGCUGCAGAAUGCACAAAUGGCUCUGGACUUUUUGCGCUACAAGAAGAUCAAACUGGUCAACAUACGCGCCGAGGAUAUUGUGGAUGGAAAUCCAAAGUUGACCCUGGGCCUGAUCUGGACCAUCAUAUUGCACUUCCAGAUCUCCGAUAUUGUUGUGGGCAAAGAGGACAACGUAUCCGCUCGGGAGGCUCUGCUGCGCUGGGCACGUCGCUCCACUGCUCGGUAUCCGGGCGUACGUGUCAACGACUUUACGUCGUCGUGGCGAGAUGGAUUGGCUUUCUCGGCGUUGGUGCACCGCAACCGACCGGACUUGCUUGACUGGCGAAAGGCAAGGAACGAUCGGCCAAGGGAGCGCCUGGAGACGGCCUUCCACAUUGUGGAGAAGGAGUACGGAGUUACGCGUCUGCUGGAUCCUGAGGAUGUGGAUACCAACGAGCCGGAUGAGAAGUCCCUCAUCACGUACAUUUCAUCGCUGUACGAUGUGUUCCCGGAGCCACCCUCUAUCCAUCCACUCUUCGACAUGGAGUCACAACGUCGCGUGCACGAAUACCGCGACCUGGCCCAGCAGUUCAUCUACUGGUGCCGCGAGAAGACCGCCUAUCUGCAGGAGCGUUCCUUCCCGCCCACACUUAUUGAGAUGAAGCGUCUGCUGAGCGAUCUGCAGCGUUUCCGCAGCGACGAGGUGAGCGCCCGCAAGCGCGAGAAAUCCAAGCUCAUUCAGAUCUACAAGGAGUUGGAGCGCUACUUCGAAACUGUGGGUGAAGUUGACGUAGAGGCCGAACUGCGGCCGGAUGCCAUCGAGAAGGCCUGGUAUCGCAUGAACACGGCGCUGCAGGAUCGCGAGGUUAUCCUUCAGCAGGAAAUUGAGCGGCUAGAACGGCUGCAGCGACUGGCCGAUAAGGUUCAGCGCGAGAUCAAGCAUGUAGAUCAGAAGCUUACCGAUCUAGAGACCCGAAUUGGCGAGGAGGGUCGGCGCAUCGAGCGACUGCAUCCCGUGGACGCUAAAAGUAUUGUCGAGGCGCUUGAAACCGAGAUACGGCACCUGGAGGAACCCAUCCAGGACAUGAACCAGGACUGCCACGUGCUCAACGAGGGUCGCUAUCCCCAUGUCAGUGAGCUGCACAAGAAGGUCAACAAAUUGCACCAGCGUUGGGCUCAACUGCGCACCAAUUUCCACACGAACCUGGUACAGAAGCUGUCCGGUUUGAAGUAUCCCGUCCACGAGACCACGGUGACGCGUCAAACGCGCAUGGUGGUCGAGUCCCGACAGAUCGACACGAACCCCCAUUUCCGCGAUCUGCAGGAGCACAUUGAGUGGUGCCAAAACAAGUUGAAACAAUUGCUUGCCGCUGACUAUGGCAGCGAUCUGCCGUCGGUAAAGGAGGAACUGGAUCGCCAACAGCACGAGCACAAGAUCAUUGAUCAGUUCCACACGAAAAUACUCAACGACGAACGUCAGCAGACCAAGUUCUCCGGAGAUGAGCUGGCUUUGUACCAGCAGCGUCUCAAUCAGCUGCAGAAGGUGUAUGCCGAGUUGCUUAGCACCUCGACGAAGCGUCUGUCCGAUUUGGACUCGCUGCAGCACUUCCUGGGACAGGCCUCGGCGGAACUGCAGUGGCUUAACGAAAAGGAGCAGGUGGAGAUUACGCGCGACUGGGCGGACAAACAACUCGAUCUUCCCUCCGUGCACAGAUACUACGAGAACCUUAUGUCCGAACUGGAGAAGCGCGAGAUGCACUUUGCCACCAUCCUGGAUCGUGGAGAGGCACUGCUGAACCAACAGCACCCGGCCUCCAAGUGCAUCGAAGCCCAUCUGACAGCCUUGCAACAACAGUGGGCCUGGCUGCUGCAGCUGACACUCUGCUUGGAGGUUCAUUUGAAACACGCCACGGAGUACCAUCAAUUCUUUGGCGAGAUCAAGGAUGCCGAGCAGUGGCUGGCCAAGCGUGACGAAAUACUCAACAGCAAGUUCUCACAGUCAGACUUUGGCUUGGACCAGGGUGAAACUCUACUCAGGGGAAUGCAGGAUCUGCGCGAGGAACUGAAUGCCUUUGGCGAGACAGUGGCCACACUGCAGCGAAGGGCCCAGACAGUGGUGCCUCUUAACAAGCGACGCCAGCCGGUAAAUCGACAAGGACCCGUGCAGGCCAUCUGUGCCUACAAACAGCAGGGUCAACUGCAGAUCGAAAAGGGCGAGACUGUUACGCUCCUGGACAACUCGGGACGUGUGAAGUGGCGCGUGCGCACUGCCAAGGGUCAGGAAGGACCCAUACCGGGCGCUUGCCUGCUACUUCCACCUCCUGACCAGGAGGCCAUCGAUGCCGCCGAACGUUUGAAGCGUCUGUUCGAUCGAUCCGUAGCUCUCUGGCAGAAGAAGCAUCUGCGCCUGCGCCAGAACAUGAUCUUCGCCACCAUUCGUGUGGUUAAGGGCUGGGACUUUGACCAGUUCUUGGCCAUGGGUCCUGAGCAGCGCACGGCCAUCCGGCGUGCCCUCAACGAUGAUGCCGACAAAUUGCUGAGCGAGGGUGAUCCAAACGAUCCGCAGCUGCGACGCCUGCGCCGCGAAAUGGACGAGGUCAAUCGCUUGUUCGAUGAGUUCGAGAAGCGUGCGCGCGCCGAAGAGGAGAGCAAACAGGCCAGUCGCAUCUUCACCGAGGAAUGCCUUGCCAUCAAGAGCAAACUGGAGGACAUGGCCCGUGAGCUGGAUCAUAUUAUACUGGCUCCGUUGCCACGUGAUUUGGACUCCUUAGAGCAUGUGCUCGAAAUUCAUUCGGACUAUGAGCGCAGGCUGCACCUUUUGGAGCCUGAGUUGAAGCAUUUGCAGGAGACUUUCCGUACGAUUGCGUUGAAGACGCCCGUGCUAAAGAAGAGCCUGGACAAUCUUAUGGAGCUGUGGAAGGAGCUGAACACUCAGAGUGGCCUGCACAAGGACCGCCUGAAGUUGCUUGAAGCUUCGCUGGCUGGUCUGGAAGACAAUGAGCAUGUGAUUUCCGAGCUCGAGAACGAGCUGGCCAGGCACCAGGAUCUGCCAUCGACUGCUGAGGGCCUGCAGCAAGUGUUUAAGCAACUGAACCAAAUGCAGGACAUCAUUACACAACAGCAGCCGCAAAUGGAUAAGAUGAACGAUGCGGCCGAUCAGCUGGGACGCAUGGGAGUGCCCACCAAGGUGCUCGGCGACCUCAAGAGACUGCACUCGAACGUGGAGCGCCUGAACACGCGCUGGAGUGCGGUGUGCAACCAAUUGGGUGAAAGAAUGCGCUCAUGCGAGACGGCUAUCGGGCUUAUGAAGAAUCUCCAGUCGAGCGUGCAAGUGGAGGAAUCAUGGGUGGAUGGCACCACGGAGCGACUAUCUGCCAUGCCCACCGCCACUUCGGCGUACGAACUAGACAAACUGCUCGGAGCUGCAAUCGAACGAAAACCAAAAAUCGAAAAUGUCAACGUGGCUGGAGGACGACUUAUACGCGAAGCCAAGAUCUACGAUAGCAAAUGCCUACGCUUCGUGGACUGGCUGGUCGAGGCGCGUCCGUCGUUCUCGCCACCUCGCCGGGAUCUCCGGCCGGCGGAUAGCGAUCCGGGCGCCACACAGUAUUACAGCCAACGUCUGGACAACCUAAACACGAAGUACGACAGAUUGCUGGAACAACUGUCGCAGCGUCUGAAAACUGCAAUCGAAGUCAAUGGCAGCGAUGGUCUGCAAUACGCUGAGAGUCUACAGAAACCGCUCAAGACCUUUAGGGUUGACUUCAGUGCGGGCAGCGUGCCAACUGGCGAUGGCUACGCUGCGCGCCAGGAGGAUCUCUACACCACUACCUACAGCACCACACAAAUCAGCUCAACGAAGACAACGAAAAGCUCUACGAAGAGCGUCUACAGUAGCGAUGGCUUGGACGCCGCUAGUCAGGAGGUUAGCACUGCUAGCCUGCCUCAAUCGCAGAUCCAAUUCAACGAAAUCCGUACGCUCAAGCGCUCUCAACAGCUGGGUGGCCAUUCCGUGCUGGAUAUAGCCGGAAUACGCGAUCCGCGUACGGGUCGCGUACUGACCAUCGGAGAAGCCAUCCAGCUUCGCAUUCUGGACGUGCGCACCGGCGAGAUGCUAGUGGGUGAUCGCCGUAUCACGCUGGAACAAGCUGCCGACCAAGGACUGAUCGAUUUGCAACUGGCAAAGCAAUUGCUUGAGCCCGGUGCCGGCAGAGAUGCCAGCGGACGGGAGCUGUCGCUCCUGGAGGUUAUUCAGCGCGAGAUUAGCGAAGCGGAAUCCGGUUACGAGACGGCCGAGAAGCGGAUCAAGGUAAACAACACGGUCACCGUAGAGCAAACCUCCGGAGAGCUGGGCUCUCCCGAGAAUCCACGCAACAUUGCCGAUGCCAUUACUGCGGGGAGUGUGGACACCAAGACCGGCCUGUAUCGCGUCAAAUCCGGACAGACGAUCAGCCUGGCGGAGGCCUACGAGCGUGGCUACCUCAUCCGGCACGAGUCGGUGACAAUCAAGUCGAAUGCGCUGUGCCUGAGCGAUGCGAUUGCGCAUGGCCUGGUCGAUGGCGCCGGCUGGAUAGCGGAUCGCAAUUCCGGCGACAAGUUCCGAUUGGAUUCGGCCAUUGCCAAUCAACUAAUAGACGCGAGUGUGCGCGAAGUGGUGGACGCGAAACGCGAUACGAAGAUCACACUGCAGGAGGCACUGCAGUCGGGCGUACUAAAUGCCAAAACGGGUCGGUACGUGAACGAGGUGACCAAGGAGAAGUUAACCUUCGCAGAGGCGCGCAACCGUCAGUUGAUCGUGAAACCGUACACGCUGAAGGACAUCUGCGAUCUGAAUCUGCUCGAUAAACAGGCCCAGAUCACGAGUCCCAUGCGCCGCGAAAAGUUGAGCAUUAUGCAGGCCAUCGAGGCCGGUGUACUGGACGGUAAUUUGCUCAAGUGCAUCACCAAACGUAAGGGUGAAUUGGUCACCCUUCAGGAGGCCAUCGCCGACGGCAUCGUGUUGCCGGCCGAGUGCAAGUACCGCGACUUUAUGACCGGUGAGCUGAUCAGCAUUCCGGAGGCGGUGGAACGCGGUCUGAUUAGCUCGGUGGCGCAGCGUUCAAUCUUCGAUAUUGACGGGUUCAAGGAUCUGAGGAGCAAUGACUAUGUGAGCUUUAAUGUGGCCCUCUCGCGCGAUCUUUUGCGUCGCAAGAGUACGGGCUUUGCCUUAGAGACGGGUAGGGAUAGUCUGGUGCCACUCGAGGUGGCUGUUAGUGAGGGACUGGUGCGCCAGGAGGUGUACGAGAUGUUUAGCCGUGGCAUUGGUGUUCAGAAUGCCAGUGGUAAGGAGCUUAGCGUCUUUGAUUUGGUCUAUCACAAUCUGAUUGACCCGAAGACUGGUUAUCUUUUGGAUCCCAAGACCGGGGAGACAGUGCCCCUGGACACCGCCAUCGAGCGGAAGUUUAUCACUCCCGAGGGUGCUCUCCUACUAAGUAGUUUGCUCAAUAUCACUUUGACCACGGAAACGGUGACGCGGACGAUCAAUCGUUAUGUGACAAUCAGGGCUGGUUCCCAGGAGCCAGUCGACAGCGUGUUGCUUACCUUCACGGAGGCAGUGCGUCAAGGUUUCAUUGACGAGGAGAGGCAACUCUUCAAAGAUCCCAAAACGGGCAAUAUUUACUCAGUACAGCAGGCCCUCAACUAUGGCUUGUUAGUUCCCGAUAGCAAUCAGACAGUUCCGGAGCCAACAAAUAGGAAAAAAACAAAAUCCACUAUUACCAUUGUGACCAAGCAAAUCAUACCGGAAGCAGAGCCCAUCAAGCUAAACACACAGCACACCAAGUACGUCGAGAAGUCGGUGGAGAUUCCCAUUUCCCAGGAAUUAGUAAAGCCGCAUCGUGUGGUCUCCGAAUUUAUUAACAUGGAAAAGUCCAGCUAUAUCGAACAAAACGUAACGGAGCGCCAGAUCAUGGAGCUGCCCCCAGGAGGAUGGCGACUAAAGGACGCCAUUGAGCAGCGCCUGUUUAAUCCAGAUACGGGAGUAUUCCAUGUGCAGGGCACAGAUCGAUUGGUUAACUUUGAGGAGUGUAUCAACAAGCAGAUUAUUAACAAUCUAUCGCUCUCCGUAAUUGAUCCCAGCACUGGCGACAAGAUCUCCGUGCAGUCAGCCUUUGAGCGUGAUAUCUUGGACAGUUAUGGCAACUAUACGAAUAGCCGGAAACAAGUCCAGGGCAUGCGCAGUGCCAUUGACGAGGGUAAGAUCAUUCUGGAAACCGUCCCGACUACGAGAGGCGCCAACCAAAAGACAAUUCUUCGCAUCACUAAAGUAAACAACAUUCCGGAUGUGUUGGAGGUUUCCACGCCCCUGAAGGAUGCCCCGCCCAAGUUUGUCGAGGUGCUCACCUGCCAACGAGAGCUCGCCUCUCCAGAGCCACUGCAAAUUGCGCCGGGCGCCAUCUAUGAUCCGUCCACUGCCCUAGUAAUCUUCACGCAGACCGGAGAGACUGAAAAUAUCUUCGAUGCCGCCCGUCAGGGUCUGGUUGACGAGCACCUAAUUAAAAUUGUGGAUCCGACAACCAAGCAACCCAUUUCCGUUACCGAGGCGAUAGCGCGUUCUAUUUACGAUCCAAAGACAGCCACUAUUCUUGAUUCUGAGGGUCAGCCAGUGGACUUGAUCACAGCAACUAAACUGGGACUAUUGAGUGUGGUAGGUGCUCCAUUGGUUGCCGCCGAGGGAGCUUUGCGAACUGUGCGUUUCGUCACAGAUCCACGAACUGGUGAGCAAAUUCCAGUGGAGGUGGCAUACGAACGAGGCAUUGUCUCCCGGGAUCAUUUGCAUCGCGGAAGGUCCUUUGACAGUGAACCGUCAACGGUCGAGGACAAAGUUGUAGUCCUCCAGAGAAUGCGCAAGGUCAUUCUCAAGCCGAAGGAUGCUUUACGAAAGGGAAUCAUCGACGAGGAGACCUGUGAAAUACUUGAAAACACGAGUAACUUCACUAAUCCCAAAGGAGAGGUGGUAAACAUAACUGAGGCACUGAACACCGGUCUAAUUGAUGGACGUCGUGGUCAGGUGAUCGAUCCCCAAAACAAUAGAGUCUUGAAUUUGAGGCAAGCAGUGGAACAGAAGAUUAUUGAUUCCGAGCAGACUAACCAUAUUCUCAUGCCGUUGGCCAAGAGCUUAUCGGUGCCGCGUCUGGCAGACCAGGGAUUAAUUGAUCCACAAACUCAGAGUAUUGUCCAUCCGGAGAGUGGUUAUCCCCUGAGCAUCCAUGAGGCCAUAGUAUGUGAGGUCUUGGAUCCGCAUUCGAAACUGCAUAAGCCCGAAAAAUGCACCCUAGAGGAAGCGAUCACUAAGGGCAUUAUUAAUGCCGAUGAUUCCACAUUCAGCUAUAAGAAGAAUACACUCAACAUUACUGAAGCCAUUGAUGCGAAACUUUUUGAUCCUAGUUACGAUCAGCAAAAAUCUAAGGUGGAAAUUCCGCCGGUGGGUAUGAUAUUCCCUGUUGCUGUGGAAAAGAGCCUGGUGGAACCGUCCAAGCGAGUUGUUCUGCAUCCAAGUACAAAGAAAGCACUUCCCAUCAAGCAAGCCAUCGAGGAAAACUUUAUCAUGUCCAUUCCCUACUCUCCCAAGCCAGAUGCAAUCGAGGUGGUGACUGCCAUGGAGCGAGAUCUCAUCGAUGUAGCUGCCCAAACUCUGACUGUACCGUCCACUGGUGAACGUAUACCUCUACGACAAGCUAUGGAAAAUGGUGUUCUGGUGGUAAAGAAUCUCUCAGAUUUUGUGAUUACCCAAAAACCCAUUCCCAAAACGGAGAUCAUGGAGACGGUGCGUGCGGUCCACACGGUGACUACUAAAACCAUUGAGCUUAUGCAAGGCUACGUCCUCAUUUCUAACAAUGAAGUGCAGAACGUUAAUACCGGUGAGGUGUGCAGCUUGGAGGAAGCUAAGGAGCUGGGAAUUCUGCGCGAAGAAUCCACAACUCGGGAGACAAAAGCAGCGGCCGGCGAAAGUCCGGAAUCGAUUGGCGCCGUAGUUACCAGCGGCGAUCAAACUGUUGUUGUGGAAGAGCGCACCCAGACAGUGGUGGUCAGUUCGGAUACCCGCAAGCAAGAGAUGCAAGUGGUCAGCACGACGCAAUCCACCAAGGACACAUCCGUUCCAAGUGUAAGUGAAAUCGAUACAAAGGGCAGCAAGGAGCCAUCGAAGACGUUGCAAAAUGUAAAAGAUGCCGCCAAAUUGGGUGCACUGGGCGUGAUCGCAGCUCCUGUACUGGCCGGAGGCGCCAUCGUAAGUGGCGUUAAAAGUCUUAUCAAAUCUGUGAAAUCUCCAACGGAAGAUGCCAAGACCACUGAAAAACCUAAGGAACCUCAAACCAGCUUCAUUGAACAGGAGCGCCGUAAAGAGCUACAGCCGCAACAAGUGCCAAGUGAGGUGGAUAAUCUCCUCAGUGAAACGGAGAAUUUUAUCAGCUCUACGACUGCCAACUUUAUUGCCAACGAAAAACAGCAGGAUAUGCCCGAUACGCUGCCACAGGAAAGCAUUCUACCCUUGGAAGUUGAAUCAACAAGCACUUUGACCACCACAACAGUAACAACAAUUACUACAUCAAGUACAACGACGGAGACCGGAAAUCUGGAGCCAGUUGUGGUAGAGGAUGUCUCGACCACAGUUAAGGAGGAUACAGUGGUGGUUAAGCCCAGUAAAGUGCCUGAAGAUAAAACAGAGGUUUCUAAAAUAACUGAAACCAUAACCACCGUGACUUCUAAUGAAACAGAUACAGUACCAGAAAAGAUAUCACCAGAACCAGCUUCCGAGGAGUCACCAAAGAAAGAUCCAGUGGUAACAAAAGACACAAGUUCCAGGCCAGCUGAAACGGAGGCAUCUCCCAAGCCUGCUCAAAAGGAACUAACUCCCGAGCCAGACCAAAAUGCAGAAUUCGUUGAAUCUGUUAAAAAAGAUCCAACUCCUGAGCCGGAUUACAAGGAGAACACUAGCGAGCCAGCACAAAUCACACCAAAGGAACCAUCUCCUGCUCCAACCAGUAAAAACGAACAAUCAUCUGAACCUACCUCAAAGCCAGAGCCAAUGCCCAGAACUGCUAAAAAGGAAGAGAUUUCUGAAAUUGAGCCCCCCUUCACAGCACCACUGGCUCCAUUUGUUGAUCAAGUAGAGGAGACCAAGAUCACUGAAAUUAAAACCGAAAUUAAAGAACCCGUUACAAGUUCCCAAACUAUUACAACCAUUACCACAACGGUAAAAACAGUCGAUGAACAGCCCAUAGUGGAGGAAAUAACUGAGGUCAGCAAAUCUGAGAACAUUGUAGAUGUGCAAGUUAAGGAACCAACUGUCCAAGAACCUAUAAAGGUGAAUGAGACGAACGAUGAUACCACCAGGACUGAACCUACCAAUGAAAUAGUGCUUGAAGAAAGAGUUGUCACUGUCGAAGAGCCGACGAUCACGGAAACUACUGUAACAACAACAACUAUCACUACAACAACAUCUUCAACCGAGGAAACCCUGCCCCAAGAGAAUACAGCCACAGUAAAGGAAUCGCCUUUGAAUGAGCCUGUGCCUUCAUCCCCAGCUGAACCUACAGAGAUUGAGCAGAAAACCAAUGAUGAACAAAAGAAGCCGGAAGAAAUUGUAGACACCGAAAAGAAAACGACGGAGCCGAAGCCGGUGGAAACUAUUCCAACCGAGCCAGUAAGCACAUCUGAAACAACAGUGACAGUUACCACCAAGACAACAAUUGUUGAUGAAGGAAAACUACAACAACCAAGUGAUCUUGAGCAAAUUGUUCAACCGCAUUCAACUUCGGACAAACAUCAAUCUCUUGUUGAUUUCAUUCAGCAGGAGAAGGGCACUCAGCCAGCGGAAAGUGGUAGCAAGAUUUUGCAGAAUGUGAAGGAUGCUGCCAAGCUGGGCGCUCUAGCCAUUGUAGGUGCACCAGUUCUUGCGGGCAAGGCUUUGGUAGAUGCCCUAACCACAGAAAAGACAAUUAAGCCAGAACCUUCCACAACACAAGUUGUGACCGAGACAGUGGAAGAACUACCAACAGAGAUACUUACCACCAGCACUGCUACAUUAGUUACCAAAGUCACCACCACGACUACCACCACAACGACAUCCACCAGUGAGGGCACUCCCGAUGAUGAGGCUCGGGACGUAGUUAAACUGCCUGCUGAAUUGGUUGAAAGCUCUGUAAAGCGAGAAGUGCCCAGGACACUGGCCAUUGGCGAUGCCAUCUCCCAAAAGUUGAUUAGCCCCGAUGAGUGCCAGGUGAUCGUAGAUGGAGAACAGCAGUCGCAGACCGUUUCCACGCUACUCAAGGAGGAGCAGCUGAGCCCAUUGGACGAAGUACAGAUCAUCGACGACAAACUAAUUGUUCUGCAGCAGGUGUCUUACCUGGUAGACGCAGACACAGAACUGACGCCACAGAAUCUGUAUGAACUUAACAUCUACGAUCCAGAGAAUCAAUACUUUAUUGAUCCUAGUACUGGCCAGAAGAUUUCCUUCCAUACGUUGGUAUUUGACAUGAAUGUUUUCAACCCGGAAACUAUUUUGGUUAAGAACUUUAGUACCGGCAAAUACGAGACUCUUACAGCAGCCUUGGAGCGUCCACUUCUGGACAGGCACACAGGACACAUGGUGGAUCCGAAGACAGGCAAGAAAAUCCCAUUCUUUGAGUGCGUUGACCGCCAAUGGAUUAUCCGAGCCAAUCCCGAAGAGCAAAAGCCAUCGGGCAUCGAGAACGUGACAAUAGACACACAGACAGGACAGGUGGUGCUUGACGAUGGUCGGGUUUGCUCCAUUGUUGAGGCCAUCAACAGUGGCAAGCUGGACAUUCAGUCGAUAUCGGUGCGCGACCCAGUCAGCGGUGAGGUGAUUCCACUGCGUAUGGCAAUUGAGUUGGGGGUGGUAGACAUGCAGGCGGGCACAGUGAUAGAUAUUCAGACGCUCAAAGAGAUUCCCAUGGAGUUAGCUUUCCAGCUGGGCUUCCUAGUGCCCGGUGCACGCAAACCCAUUUCCCUGGAGGCUGCCGUACGCAAAGGUCUCUACGACCCCGAGACGGGAAAACUCUUCGACUCAGAGAGUCAAAACCAGGUCGAUGUUCAGAAGUCGAUUGAAAUUGGUUUAGUUGACCCGAAGAUCUCAUUGAUUGUGGAUACUGUCACAAAGAAGGAAGUCAAGCUGGAUUGCGCUAUCGAAGACGAUUUGGUGCUGCCCGCCACGGGUCAAAUCAAAGACAAUAAGAACAACACUCUGGUGCCCUUCGAUGUAGGUGUACAACAGCGUUUGCUGAAAACCGACAACGUCACCUGGAGCUUGCCAGAGUUGCUUCAGCGCGAAUACUACACGCCCAGCACUGGCAAGGUUCUUAAUCCUGUCACCGGCGAGGAGAUUCUUCUUCAGCAAGCCAUUGAAAUGGGCUUUGUGGAACUAGAAACGACUUUAGUCAAGGAUGUCGAUCAUGAUAAGAUUUUGCCGGGCAAGGAGGCGGCCAAGGUGGGUCUUCUGGACACUGUUCGCGGAACACUAAGCUCGCCCAACAUUAGUCUCGACGAGGCUUUCGUAAAGGGCUACCUUAUAAGCACGAAAAAGCCGCUUUCCCUGGUCGAUUGUCUGCUGCGCGGUCUUUACGAUCCUUCGACAGCAAAGUUCACCAUCGACGACAAGCAGUUGGACCUGAAGACCGCCAUUGCCCAAAAGCUCAUUAAUCCCGAAGAGCUGGUGUUGCUUGAUCCCAAGACAGAGUCAAUUAUUUCCAUUACAGAAGCGAUCGCAAAGGGUUAUCUUGAUCCGAUUGAGGGAUAUGUGAUUAACCCAUAUGCUUCUACCAAACUGUCCCUCCAUGAAGCCCUGGAGAAUCGCAUUCUCAUCCCGCCCAAGCGAAAGCGCAGCUUGCCCGAUGCUGUCUACCGCGGUCUUUACGACCCCAAGACUGGUCAAUUUAGCAACACGGUGACCCGCGAGAAGCUCACAACUGAACGUGCCAUUCGUAGGGGCAUCCUCGAUCCCGAUUCGACGGUCGUCAAUGUGGGUUCGGGACAAAUCAUUCCAUUUGGGGUGGCCACCGAGACUGGAAUCGUGGACAGUAAGCAUGGUACGGUGAGGGAUGCCGAUGAUCACCCGAUUGACUUUAAGGAAGCAUUCGAUCGAGGUAUUUUGGUCGAAGCCAAGAAGCCUCUUCGUCUUAUUGAGGCUGUGGUGAAGAAUGUCUACGACGAGGUGGAUGGACACUUUGUCGAUCCGAAGUCGGGCGAGAAGCUGAACUUUGCCGAGGCCUUAAACACGAAUUUACUGGACGAGCAUAGUGUGCAGAUCAGAGACUUCAAGACUGGUCUGUACAAGCAGCUGAACCUUACACACGCUAAAGACACCGGCAUUAUCGAUGCCCAAAAUUCCAAGCUACUGUAUAACAACCAGACAAUGACCCUUAAGCACGCCUUUGAUAUUGGAAUCCUAAUGGAUGUCAAUGCGCCCAUCAGCAUCCAGCGAGCAAUUCAUCAGGGACUAUUCGACGACAAGACCGGCAAGCUAAGCGAUCCCAGAACUGGUCGCCAGAUUACAUUACUCGAAAGCAUGCGCAGUUUCGUGGUUAAUCCUCACCUGCCCUGCUACUUCGAUGAGCAGACAGAACAGAUGUACACUCUGAGCGAGACCUGUAGAAAUGGCAUCAUCAAUAGAAGGGAGGGUGUCUUCCGGGAACCGGGAAGCAAUUCGUUUGUUCCUCUGGGCGAGGCCCUAAGCCUGGGUCUCAUUGUGGACAUUGAGAAUGCCGGUUUUGGUCUGUACGAAUUAUUGUCGAUGGGCUUCUAUGACCCUUCCACACGUAAGGUUCUGCAUCCAGUCACAAAUCGCAAGCUUAAUCUCAACGAAGCUUGCGUGGAGGAUGUAGUUAGCCUGUCAUCCAGCUUAGUCAAACACCACGAGACCGGCAAGUACCUUCGGUUGGCCAAUGCUAUCAAGGAGCAGUUAGUUGAUGACUCUAGGGGUUGUUACAAUCUGGGCAACGAACAGUUGGAUCUCCAGGCGGCUAGGGCCAAGGGUUUAAUUGUUUCCAAUCGUCGCCUCCUCAGCCUUGAACUCGUAUUGCGCCAACAACUUUACCGCCCCGAAACAGGCAAAUUCUGCGAUCCAACAACGGGUGAAUAUCUAGACCUAAUCGAAGCCAUCCAUUCGGGUUUCAUAGACCCCGCGACUACCGUAUUCAAAAACCAGCUUACUGGUAAGGAGUUACCGCUAACAGAAGCUAUUGAGAAUGGUGAUAUUGAUGUGUCCAAGGGUAGAGUAUUUGAUCCCAAGUCUAAGUCAGCUUAUAACUACGACGUGGCACUCUCGCGCGGAAUUCUUGUCACCAUUACUCGACCACUAACCGAUCGCAAUGAUGUGGUGCGUCGCCAGGACAGCGUCGAAUUACUAAAUCAAACACCCGUGAGCGUUGUGAUUAGCAAACCGCGUGAAAUGUCUCUCGAGGAGGCCAUUCGUUACAACAUAAUCGAUCCCAAGACCGCGCUCGUUCGCGAUUUCGAUAGCUUUAAGUUCCUGCCUUACUCGGUAGCCGUGGAACGCGGUCUCGUGGACGCCACCAAGCGCACACUCGUGGAUCCAAAGGCCCUGUACUUUGCCUUCGAUCCCACUUUAAUAGUUUACGUGCGUGAACCGGUCACCUUUGACCAGGCGGCCGAGUCCAAGUGUCUGGACUUGCAGACCGGACUGCUGACCUAUGUGCCAGCGAGUGUACCUGGAUCCGCACCAGCGGCAUCAGCCAGCGACGAUAGCGCAAACGAUUCGCUGACUGUCAUCGAAACGCCCAAGGUAUACACGCUCAAGGAGGCCGCCAGUGCGGGCGUGGUGGAUCCCGACUCGGCUCUAGUCAAGGACUUGGCCAAGGCCAAGCUGGUCCGAUUGCCAGAGGCCUUCCGAAAGGGCCUAAUGGAUGCCAACAAGGCGAACGUGCUCAACACCCAGACCUCGAAGCUCUGCACCCUGCAAGAGGCCUACGAAAGUGGCCUGAUCUGCACGCCUAAGCGCUCAUUCGGUUUGCUAGAAGCCAUCACCUUUAAUUUGUACAACCCAACCAAUGGCUGCCUAGUUGAUCCCUUCCAAAUGCAUCCAGACAUCAUCCGGCGCCGCAAGUUCACGCUGGCCGAUGCCAUUGGCUCAGGUCUGGUUGAUCCAUCGUCGACAGUGGUGCGUGACCCCAGCACUGGGGUCAUUGUCCCACUGACGGCUGCCAUUAGCAGUGGGCUAAUCGAUGCCUCCGAGGGACGCCUGACCGACGCCAAUGAGCCGAAGAACAACAUCGACCUAGUGAAGGCCGCCGAGAAGGGUCUGCUCCUGCCGGCAGAACAGAGGCAAGCAGUAUUCGAGAAGUUCAACAUGUGCGAAGAGAAUGUCAACGAUCUGUUGAAAUGGGUCACCACUGUGGAACAGAAAAUCUCAAGUGUCGGCGGACCUCGUGAAAAGAUCGAUGAGUUGCGCAACCAGAUUAAUGCCCUCAAGCAAAUCAAGGAUGAGAUCGAGUCUCAGCAGCGACCAGUAGCCACUUGUUUGGAGCAAAUCCGUCAGAUCGUGCUCACCGGUGGUGAUGUUUUGUCUGCCCCCGAAGUGACCACUCUGGAGAACUCCGGCCGGGAGUUGCGUUCGCGUGUGGAUCGUGUCAACGAUCGCACCGUACGCUUGCUCCGCCGCCUGGAAGCAGGUCGAGAUGAGCUCACCAAACUGCGCAGCGAAUUGGAUGUAUUCUCCGAUUGGUUGCAAGUCGCCCGACGCACUUUGGAGGACAAGGAACGUUCCCUGUCCGACCUGACCCGGCUGCCCUCUCAGGCCGAUUCGGUUCGUGAGUUUGUCAGCGAUGUGAUUGGGCACCAGGCCGAUCUGCGGUUCAUCACAAUGGCCGCACAGAAGUUUGUGGACGAGAGCAAGGAGUUCUUGGCCAUACUGAACGACUUCCGUACUUCACUGCCCGAACGCUUGCCUCAUGUUGAGCCACUGUCCAGUGCCGAGAGUCCCAUACGCCAAGAGGUAUCGCUGGUCUCGGCGCAGUACAAGGAUCUGUUGAACCGUGUGAAUGCUCUGCAAGAUCGCGUCUCCGGUUUGGGUGGACGCCAGCGUGAGUACCAGGAUGCAUUGGACAAGGCCAACGAGUGGAUGAGAAGUGUGCAUCCGCGUGUGUCGCGCAUUAUCUCUGAACCGAUUGCCGGCGAUCCUAAGGGAGUGCAGGAUCAGAUGAACGAGGCCAAGGCCCUACACAAUGAGCUGCUUUCUAGUGGUCGUUUGGUGGACAAUGCACAGCAGGCUCUUGAUAAUCUGCUGCGCAGCCUUGGUGGCCAACUCAGUCCCAUGGAGAUCAAUCAGUUGGAACUGCCUAUUGCCGAUCUGAAGAACAACUACCAGCAGCUGCUGGAUAAUCUGGGCGAGCACUGCAAAACUCUGGACAAGACUUUGGUGCAAUCGCAGGGCGUGCAGGAUGCCUUGGACAGUCUUGUGGGAUGGGUUAACCAGGCCGAGGAUAAGUUCAAGAUGAAUCUGCGACCCGCCUCGCUUAUUAAGGAGCGUCUGCAGGAGCAGAUCCGCGAGCACAAGGUCCUGCUAGCCGAUCUUCAAUCUCACCAGGCCAGCAUCGACAGCGUUCAAGUCUCGGCCAAACAUCUGCUUGCCAGCGCAUCGAAUGCCCGCAUUGCCAAGAAGGUGGAAUCGAAUCUAAACGAUGUGACCGUCAAGUUCGAGAAGCUCUACGAGAAGGCCAACAAGCGUGGUGAAUUCUUAGAUGACGUUUACAACCGAUUAAGCCGGUAUCUGGAUGAAAUCAGCACCGUGGAGCAGCGUAUGGCCAGCUUACAGGAGGCUCUAGAUAGCCGCGAGACAAGCCUGCUUUCAACUGAAGAGUUGGCUCGCCGCAUGAACGAACUGUCGCGUGACAAAGACCAACUGGCUCCGCAGUUUGAGGAUUGCGUGCGCAGUGGCAAGGAUCUUAUCAGCCUGCGAGAUGUCACCGAUACUGGAGUUUUGCGCGAUCGUAUUAAGGCACUGGAAUCUCAGUGGCGCAACAUUAACAUCAGCAUCGAUGAGCGCGCCAAGCUGUCCAAGCAAAAGGCCGAACAACAACUGGCCUACGAGGGACUGAAGGAUCAGGUCCUCUCCUGGCUGGCCAGCACUGAAGCGCGAGUUAACGGCCUUCCGCCAGUAGCAAUCGAUCUGGACAGAAUUAAGCAGCAGAACGACGAGCUGAAGCCCAUAUGCAAGGAUUACCGCGACUAUGCACCAACUAUUGACAAAAUUAACGAUAUUGGAGCACAGUACGAUGCGCUGAUCCGUCCAGAGAGUCCUGCCCGCAAACGCUCCACUUAUAGUCCGAUUAAGCGGGCCAGUCCGUUGCGCCGCAUGUCCGGAGACGCUAGAAGCCCCAGCCCCACCAAGGGAGGCAUCCUGUCGCCACUAUCGACUGGUUCCAGUGGAUUCGGUAGCCGCAGAUCCUCCCAGGAUGGAUUCCAGCUGUCUGAGCUAUCUCCGGUGCAGCAGCAGCUGAGCGAGAUCAACAAUCGCUAUGGGCUGAUUGGCGUGCGCCUCAAUGACCGUCAACAUGAGCUGGACAACCUGAGCGAGGAGCUUCGCAAGCAGUACGAGAAUCUGAAGGGACUAGCUCAGUUCCUGGAGCGCAUUCAGCGUCAAUUGCCCAAGGAGUCCGUAUCAAACAAGGACGAGGCCGAGCGCUGCAUUAAGCAGGCGCGCAAGAUCCUCGAAGACAUGUACGAGAAGCAGAGUCUUCUUGACACCACCAAGGCUCAGGUGAAGGAUAUCCUCCGCCGCAAGUCGGAUGUGCCCGGCGCCGAACAAUUGCGCCAGGAGAACGAUAGCAUCCAAGAGAAGUGGAAGAAUCUCAACGACAUCUGCAAGAAUCGCAUUGCCUUCUCCGAGAAGCUACGUGACUUUUUGGACACCCAUGGAAAUCUGAAGAGCUGGCUGGACAGUAAGGAACGUAUGUUAACCGUGCUGGGACCCAUCUCUUCCGAUCCCCGUAUGGUCCAGAGCCAGGUGCAGCAGGUGCAAGUGCUUCGCGAGGAAUUCCGCACUCAGCAACCACAACUGAAGCAUUUCCAGGAGCUCGGACAUGAUGUUGUCGACCAUUUGGCCGGCACACCCGAUGCCCAGGCCGUCGAAAUUAAACUGAAGGACAUUCUGGGCAAGUGGGAUGAUCUGGUUGGAAAGCUAGACGACCGUGCAAACAGUUUGGGCGGUGCGGCUGACAGUUCCAAGGAGUUCGAUGCUGCUGUCAAUCGUUUGCGUGAGGCUCUGCAGAACAUUAGCGAUAAUCUGGAUACUUUGCCCAUGGAUGGCGAUCACCAGGAGAAUCUCCGCAAAAUCGAGAACCUGGAGCGCCAGCUUGAGGGUCAACGACCGCUGUUAGCCGAUGUGGAGCAAUCCGCCGCCACUCUGUGCAACAUUCUGGGUGAUCCCGCCUCGCGCGCUGAUGUCAACUCUCGUGUCGCAGCUCUGGAGAAACAGUAUUUGGCCCUCCAGAAGAAACUGGAUACCAAGAAGGCAGAAACAGAGGCUUCCCUCCGGGAUGGCCGCCACUUUGCCGAGAAUUGCUCAAAGACUCUUGGUUGGUUGGGCGGAGAGCUCUCCAACCUGACCGACAGGCUUCUGGUCUCUGCGCACAAGCCAACACUGCAGCACCAGAUCGAUACCCAUGAGCCGAUCUAUCGUGAGGUAAUGGCCCGUGAGCAUGAAGUUAUUAUGCUAAUCAACAAGGGCAAAGAUCUAACCGAUCGCCAGCAGGAUCGCGGAGUUAAGCGUGAUUUGGAUCGCAUCCAGCAGCAGUGGGAGAAACUGCGCCGUGAAGCCGUCGAUCGCCACACCCGACUGCAGACGUGCAUGGAGCACUGCAAGAAGUACUCCCAAACUUCGGAGACUUUCCUGGCCUGGCUGCGUACCGCGGAGGAUAAGUUGUCUGAUCUUACACCCGGCUUGUUGUCCAAGGCAAAGCUGGAGACGCGUCUGCGUGAUCUGCAGACCUUCCGUAGUGAGGUUUGGAAGCAUUCCGGAGAAUUCGAAAACACCAAGGGAUUGGGAGAGACAUUCCUCACCAGCUGCGACAUCGAUAAGGAACCCAUUAAGGCAGAGCUUCAGGACAUCCGUGAUCGUUGGGAGAGACUCAACAAUGAUCUGAUUGCCCGUGCUCAUGAAAUUGAAAACUGCUCGCGUCGUUUGGGCGAUUUUAAUGAUGAGCUGCGAAACCUGGAUCAUUCUUUAGGUCGCUGCGAGGAUCGACUUGCUGCACACGAUGCUCUCGGUGGAGCUGCCAAGGAUCCCAAACUUUUGGAGCGUGUCAAGGCCAUACGCGAAGAGCUCACUAAUUUGAGCAAGCCUUUGCAGUCACUUAAGGCUCUGGCAAAGGAUAUCAGUGCUGAGGCUAGGGCUGCUGGCGGAGAUGCUGACCAUUUGACCAGUGAAGUCGAUGGUCUGGCCGACCGCAUGUCCGAGUUACAGGGUCGCCUGGAUGAUCGCUGCGGAGAACUGCAAUCUGCAGCCACCGCAGUGUCCCAAUUCAACGAACAAAUGAAGAGUUUGGGCAUUGAUCUGAACGAUCUGGAGACCGAGAUUGAAAAGCUCUCGCCGCCCGGCCGUGAAAUUAAGAUUGUGCAAGUGCAAAUCGACGAUGUCGGCAAGAUCCAGAACAAAUUGGAUCGCCUUGUGGGUCGUUUGGAGGAUGCAGAACGUGCUGCUGAUGUUUUGGUAGAUGCAGGAUUCGCUGCAGACACGACCCAGACCCGUGAGCAAAUCUCCACGCUGCGAAAGACGUUGGGUCGUUUGGACAACCGAGUUCGCGAUCACGAGGAUAAUCUUCAUUCCACUUUGAAAGCACUUCGCGAAUUCUACGACAAUCAAUCUCAAACUCUGGAUGACAUUCAAGACGUGAGCGAUGAGUUCAAGCGCAUGAAGCCCGUGGGUUCGGAGUUGGAUCAGAUUCGCCGCCAGCAAGAGGACUUCCGUAACUUCAGGGAGCGCAAGGUAGAACCACUGGCCAUCAAUGUGGACAAGGUAAACGUUGCUGGCAGAGACCUAGUGCGUUCGGCUGGCAGUGGUGUUUCCACCACGGCCAUUGAGAAGGAUCUGGAAAAGCUAAACGACCGCUGGAACGAUUUGAAGGAGCGAAUGAACGAGCGCGAUCGACGUUUGGAUGUGGCUCUACUGCAAUCUGGAAAGUUCCAGGAGGCGUUGGCAGGUCUAUCCAAGUGGCUCAGCGACACCGAGGAGAUGGUGGCUAAUCAGAAGCCGCCUAGCUCCGAUUAUAAGGUGGUAAAGGCACAGCUGCAGGAGCAAAAGUUCCUCAAGAAAAUGCUUUUGGAUCGUCAAAACUCCAUGGGAUCUCUGGCCAACCUCGGCAAGGAAGUUGCCAAUCACUGUGAACCCGGUGAACGUGCCUCCAUUGAGAAACAGUUGAACGAUUUGAUGAAGCGAUUCGAUGCCCUGACCGACGGAGCCGAACAACGUGAGUUGGAUCUUGAGGAAGCCAUGGAGGUGGCUAAGCGAUUCCAUGACAAGAUCAGCCCAUUGGAACUCUGGCUGGACAACACGGAGCGAUCUGUAAAGGCAAUGGAACUGAUACCUACUGACGAAGAGAAGAUCCAGCAGCGUAUCCGCGAACACGACCGUCUACACGACGAAAUCUUGGGAAAGAAGCCCGACUUUUCCGAUCUUGCCGAUGUCGCCGCCCAGCUGAUGCAUUUGGUUAGCGACGAGGAAGCCGUUAAUCUGGGCGAGAAGGUGCGCGGUGUGACUGAGCGGUACACAGGAUUGGUGGAUGCCAGCGACAACAUUGGAGCUCUGCUAGCCGAAUCACGCCAGGGAUUGCGUCACUUGGUCUUGAGUUAUCAGGAUCUGGUGGCCUGGAUGGAAAGUAUGGAAGCGGAGCUGAAGCGCUUUAAGUCCGUUCCCGUGUACGCUGAAAAGCUGCUGGAACAGAUGGAUCAUCUGCUGGAGCUAAACGAGAACAUUGCCGGUCACGCUUCGAAUGUGGAAUCUACUGUGGAAUCCGGAGCCGAGCUGAUGAAGCACAUUUCCAACGAUGAAGCUAUCCAACUGAAGGACAAGUUAGACUCCCUGCAACGUCGCUAUGGCGACUUGACCAACCGUGGUGGAGAUCUGCUGAAGAGUGCACAGAAUGCACUGCCAUUGGUGCAGCAAUUCCAUGAAGCUCACAACCGUUUAGUGGAAUGGAUGCAAAGUGCUGAAGCUGCUCUUGCUCCCAGCGAGCCGCGUCAAGCUGAUGUGCUUCGGCUGGAGGGUGAAUUGGCUGAUAUGCGUCCUAUUCUGGACAGCAUCAAUCAAGUGGGACCCCAGCUGUGUCAGCUUUCUCCGGGAGAAGGUGCUGCCACCAUUGAGAGCAUUGUGACCCGAGACAACCGUCGCUUCGAUUCCAUUGUGGAGCAAAUCCAACGCAAGGCGGAGCGUCUCCACCUGAGCAACCAGCGCGCCAAGGAAGUGACAGGUGACAUUGAUGAACUGCUUGAGUGGUUCCGUGAAAUGGACACAACUCUUCGCGAAGCCGAUCUGCCUGCCAUGGAGCCAAAGUUGGUGCGAGCCCAAUUGCAGGAGCAUCGUUCCAUCAACGAUGACAUUUCCAGUCAGAAGGGACGUGUACGAGAUGUUACGGCGGCCUCCAAGAAGGUGCUUCGUGAGUCCCCACAGAGCGAGAACACCGCCACUCUUCGUGAGAAAUUGGAUGAUUUGAAGGAGAUCGUCGACACUGUUGCUCAAUUGUGCAGCGAGCGACUGGGCAUCCUGGAACAGGCUCUGCCCCUGUCGGAGCAUUUCGCCGAUUCCCAUCAGGGACUCACCGCCUGGUUGGAUGACAUGGAGCAGCAGAUCUCGCGAUUGAGCAUGCCGGCUUUGCGUCCUGACCAGAUCACUUUGCAGCAGGACAAGAACGAACGUCUUCUGCAAUCCAUCGCGGAACAUAAGCCACUGCUAGACAAACUGAACAAGACUGGUGAGGCUUUGGGUGCAUUGGUGGCCGAUGAUGAUGGUGCUAAGAUCAACGAGAUUUUGGACACGGACAACGCCCGGUAUGCCGCACUCCGCUUGGAACUCCGUGAACGGCAGCAGGCGCUCGAGAGUGCCCUGCAGGAAUCCAGCCAGUUCUCCGACAAGUUGGAGGGCAUGCUGCGUGCUCUGGCCAACACCGUGGAUCAGGUCAAUCAAUUAGAUCCCCUGUCCGCUCUUCCGCAGAAGAUACGUGAGCAGAUCGAGGAUAAUGAUGCUUUAAUGGACGAUCUGGACAAGCGACAGGAUGCUUUCAGUGCUGUGCAGCGUGCGGCCAACGAUGUUAUCGCUAAGGCUGGCAACAAAGCUGAUCCAGCUGUGCGUGACAUUAAGGCCAAGCUGGAGAAGCUGAACAACCUCUGGAACGAUGUGCAGAACGCCACCAAGAAGAGAGGCAGCUCGUUGGACGACAUCCUAAGCGUAGCCGAACCCUUCUGGAAGCAACUGAACAGCGUGAUGAAGACUCUAAAGGAUCUAGAAGAGACACUAUCUUGCCAGGAGCCACCAGCGGCCCAGCCCCAGGACAUCAAGAAGCAACAAGUGGCGCUGCAGGAGAUCCGCCACGAGAUCGACCAGACCAAACCAGAGGUCGAGCAGGUGCGACGUCACGGCAGCAACCUGAUGAACAUGUGCGGCGAGCCCGACAAGCCAGAGGUCAAGAAGCACAUCGAGGACUUGGACAACGCGUGGGACAACAUCACGGCGCUGUAUGCCAAGCGCGAGGAGAACCUCAUCGAUGCCAUGGAGAAGGCCAUGGAGUUCCACGAGACACUGCAGAACCUCCUCAAGUUCUUGACCAAGGCCGAGGACAAGUUUGCCCAUCUGGGAGCUGUGGGUUCGGACAUUGAUGCCGUCAAGCGACAGAUUGAACAACUCAAGUCGUUCAAGGAUGAAGUCGAUCCGCAUAUGGUUGAAGUAGAAGCAUUAAACAGACAAGCUGUGGAACUGACGGAACGCACUUCACCCGAGCAAGCGGCAUCGAUCCGCGAACCCCUGUCGGUGGUCAAUCGCCGCUGGGAGGCCCUACUCCGUGGCAUGGUCGAGCGCCAGAAGCAACUGGAACACGCUCUGCUGCACUUGGGUCAAUUCCAGCAUGCCCUGAAUGAGCUACUGGUCUGGAUCAACAAGACCGACAGCACACUGGACCAACUUAAGCCGAUACCUGGAGAUCCGCAACUGCUAGAGGUUGAAUUGGCCAAGCUAAAGGUGCUGGCCAAUGACAUUCAGGCCCACCAGAACUCAGUGGACACACUGAACGAUGCGGGCCGACAGUUGAUUGAAACCGAGAAGGGAUCUGUGGAGGCUUCUACCACUCAGGAGAAGCUGCGCAAACUAAACAACGAAUGGAAGCAGCUCCUCCAAAAGGCCAGCGACCGACAGCAUGAACUAGAGGAGGCUCUGCGCGAAGCUCACGGAUAUAUUGCCGAGGUCCAGGAUAUUCUGGGAUGGCUGGGCGAUGUAGACGCAGUGAUUGGAGCUAGCAAGCCUGUGGGCGGACUUCCCGAGACUGCUACUGAGCAACUGGAACGUUUCAUGGAGGUGUACAACGAGCUGGAUGAAAACAGACCCAAGGUGGAGACGAUUCAGGCCCAGGGCCAGGAGUACAUCAAGCGUCAGAACCAAAUGAAGGUCUCGUCCAGCAACUUACAGCAUACGCUCCGCACGCUGAAGCAACGUUGGGAUGCCGUGGUAUCCCGUGCAUCCGACAAGAAGAUUAAGUUGGAAAUUGCACUCAAGGAAGCCACCGAGUUCCAUGACACACUGCAAGCCUUUGUUGAAUGGCUGACCCAGGCCGAAAAGCUGCUGUCCAAUGCCGAGCCAGUCUCUCGCGUCCUGGAAACCAUUCAGGCCCAGAUGGAGGAGCACAAGGUGCUGCAGAAGGAUGUGAGCACUCAUCGCGAAGCCAUGCUGCUGCUGGACAAGAAGGGAACUCACCUUAAGUACUUCAGCCAGAAGCAGGACGUGAUCUUGAUUAAGAACCUGCUCGUUUCUGUGCAACAUCGAUGGGAACGAGUGGUGAGCAAGGCCGCGGAACGCACUCGUGCUCUGGACCAUGGCUACAAAGAGGCUCGCGAGUUCAACGACGCCUGGAGUGGCAUGAUGCAGUAUCUGCAGGAAACCGAACAGGUGCUGGAUCAAAUCAUCGAGGAAGCCACAGCGUCCAAGGAACCACAAAAGAUCAAGAAGUACAUUGGCAAGCUGAAGGAGACCCACCGUCAGCUGGGCGCCAAGCAAUCGGUCUACGACGGAACCAUGCGCACCGGAAAGAAUCUUUUGGAGCGAGCUCCCAAGGGCGAUCGUCCAGUGUUGGACAAAAUGCUGAUCGAACUGAAGGAACAAUGGACUCGAGUGUGGUCCAAGAGUAUCGACCGUCAGCGCAAGCUGGAGGAGGCUUUGCUUCUUUCCGGACAGUUCAGCGAUGCUCUGGGUGAGCUUCUUGAGUGGUUGAAGAAGGCGAAGAGCCGCCUGAACGAAAAUGGACCAGUCCACGGUGAUUUGGAGACGGUUCAAGGUCUAUGCGAGCACCACAAGCACAUUGAGCAGGAUCUGCAGAAGCGCGCUGCGCAAAUGCAAGGAGUGCUCAAGACAGGACGGGACCUAGAGCGGUCUGGAAACAAUCCCGAAGUUGGACGUCAGCUCGAUGAGAUGCAGUCCAUUUGGGAGGAGGUCAAGAGUGCCGUCGCCAAACGCGGCGAGCGUCUCCAGGUGGCUCUUGUUGAUGCCGAGAAGCUUAAUGCCCGUGUCCAGGCUCUCUUUGAUUGGCUGGAUCAUGCCGAGCACAAGCUACGAUAUGCCAAGAAUGCCCCUGAUGACGAGAAGGUGUCCCGUGAAAUGAUGGACAUCCACAUGGACUUUAUGAAGGACCUGCGAGUGCGCGAGCGUGAGAAGACCGAGACUUUUGAGUACGCCGAAGACAUUAUCAACAAGGCCUACCCCGAUGCCAUUCCGAUCAUCAAGAACUGGCUUUCGAUUAUCCAGCAGCGUUGGGAGGAGGUGCGCCAAUGGGCCAUCAAUCGCGAGUCGAAGCUGGAACAGCAUCUGCAGUCGCUCAAGGAUUUGGACGACACCAUUGAGGAGCUGUUGGCUUGGCUCAGCGGACUCGAGGGCACCUUGUUGAACCUGAAGCACGAACAGCUGCCGGACGAGAUUCCGCCCGUGGAGAAAUUGAUCGAAGACCACAAGGAGUUCAUGGAAAACACUGCUCGCCGCCAAAACGAAGUGGACCGCGCCUGCAAACCAAGACAGUUGCCACCAGGAGCGCGCAAGCCAUCGCGUAGCGGCAAGACGCCAGUCUUCAAGGGAUCUCGUGACCAGGGACUCAAUGCCCGCAAGGGAAGUCGUAUCACGCCCACACGUGAUACGCCCGACAGAGAUCGCCUGCCGCACUAUGGCCCCCGAUUCUCGCCAAGCACCUCGGGACCGGAACUGGAAUUCCGUUCUCCACGCGCGAAGCUUCUGUGGACCAAGUGGCGCGAUGUCUGGAUGCUCUCAUGGGAGCGCCAGCGGCUGCUUAACGAUCAUCUGCUGUAUCUGAAGGAUGUGGAGCGUGCCCGCAACUUCAGCUGGGACGAUUGGCGCAAGCGCUUCCUCAAGUACAUGAACCACAAGAAGUCGCGCUUGACGGAUCUGUUCCGGAAAAUGGAUAAGGAUAACAAUGGCAUGAUUCCGCGCGAUGUCUUCAUCGAUGGCAUACUCAAUACGAAAUUCGAUACAUCUGGCUUGGAAAUGAAGGCUGUAGCCGAUUUGUUCGAUCGCAAUGGCGAAGGCCUCAUCGACUGGCAAGAGUUCAUUGCCGCCCUUCGUCCCGAUUGGCAAGAGCGCAAGCCAGCCAAUGAUUCGGACAAAAUACACGAUGAAGUCAAACGCCUGGUCAUGCUGUGUACCUGCCGACAGAAGUUCCGCGUGUUCCAAGUUGGCGAGGGCAAGUACAGAUUUGGAGACUCCCAGAAACUGCGCCUGGUUCGUAUCCUUCGCAGCACUGUUAUGGUGCGCGUGGGUGGCGGCUGGGUUGCCCUGGACGAAUUCCUGCAGAAGAACGAUCCUUGUCGCGCCAAGGGACGCACUAACAUAGAGCUACGCGAGCAAUUCAUAUUGGCCGAUGGCGUCUCGCAGAGCAUGGCCGCAUUCACGCCCAGACGUUCCACGCCAAAUGCGGCCGCCACUGCCUCCUCCUCACCCCAUGCCCACAAUGGCGGCAGCUCCAACUUGCCCCCAUAUAUGAGUGGACAGGGUCCCAUCAUCAAGGUACGCGAGCGCUCCGUCCGCUCGAUUCCCAUGUCACGACCGUCGCGCUCCUCACUUUCGGCCAGCACCCCCGACUCCCUGAGCGACAACGAGGGCAGCCACGGUGGACCUUCCGGCCGGUACACACCACGCAAGGUCACCUACACGAGCACGCGCACGGGUCUCACGCCAGGAGGCUCUCGUGCCGGCUCCAAGCCAAACUCGCGCCCGCUCAGCAGACAGGGAUCAAAGCCGCCAUCGCGACAUGGCUCCACGCUGUCGCUGGAUAGCACAGACGAUCACACGCCCUCACGCAUUCCGCAACGCAAACCUUCAACGGGCAGCACAGCCAGCGGUACCACACCGCGUCCGGCGCGACUUUCGGUGACCACCACCACGACUCCCGGCAGUCGUCUCAAUGGCACCAGCACCAUCACCCGCAAAACCGCCUCCGGAUCGGCUAGUCCGGCGCCCACAAGCAACGGAGGCAUGAGUAGAUCAUCCAGUAUACCAGCACUAACAGGCUUCGGCUUCAAACCAAUUAGGCGGAACAUCAGCGGUAGCUCAACGCCCUCCGGGAUGCAAACGCCUCGAAAGAGCUCAGCGGAGCCCACAUUCAGCUCCACAAUGAGACGCACUUCGCGGGGAACCACACCGACGGAGAAGCGUGAGCCAUUCCGGCUAUAGGAAGCCACCUUUAUGGAUGAUAGAGAAGCAAAAGAAUGCCAAUAUUUAAACCACAUACAAACACACAACUCUACGUACUAACUACGCACUGAAGUUCUAAACUAAAACCCCCAAAAACCUCUCCCAAACUAAUCGAGGCUACAUUAGCAAUGAAUGUAGCAGCAGGAACAGCACACAGUUCUACAAAAGAGACUAACUUUGAAGUGCCCUAAUGGAGUGGUGGAGCGAAACAAUUUAUAGAUGUUUAUACUAUAUAUAUUUUGUAAAAGACACAGUUAAGAUGAAAGUUAUGCAGACAUAUAGCUAGCACACAAAGUUGAUCAGACAAGCAACCUACUUACGAGUACUACUACUACUAAUACUACCUUUUGCUACUACUAAUUUGUAAUGCCCACUACCUUUAUUCACUAGUUAUACACGUUUCCGAAAUUAUGAUUUGUAUAUACUUAUAAAGCGAAAAGCAAGCGUAAAUUAAUGAAAAAUACACUCCAAGUGCUCUAAGGCAAUUAAACAAACAAAAAAAUAAAAAUACAAACAAAAACCCAUAAGAAAAUAUCGAAAAACUUUAGUGAAAAAAAAAAAACAUUCGAAUGAAAUGCCGCGGUCUCUGCUGCAAACCAUCUUGAGACUCAGUUCUCCACUGGAAUCGCCAGUCCGGUGGAAUCCUAGCCAGGUGUGGCACGUGGCAGAGGCGGAACGGCCAAAAAAAUAA